AUGACUUACCGCAAGUUCAAGGCCAUUGACUCCAAUGCUCUCAGUCAAGCUGUUACCAGCUCCACUCUGUGUUCAUCGGCGGCAAUCGAGAAGUCACUCAUUGACCUCACAGAACUCUACAGCAGUAAACUCUCUUCCAUUAUGAACUCGUUCACACCACCCAGGACUCGCACGGUCACCAUCAGACCAGAAUCUGAGUGGUACAACAGCUUUAUCAUAGAGGCGAAGCAGAGACGUAGACAAGUUGAGAGACUGGCGCAAAUCAGGACUCGUGGUACACAGAGAAAUUUACAUUCAGCGCAGGGAAAAGCACUCGACGAUGAAACUAAACGUAGCCAUUUCCAUCAUGUUACUGUGGAUGAGGUCACAAAGUUGAUUAGGUCAUCUGCCAACAAGAGCUGUGAACUGGACCCUAUGCCUACAUCCUUUGUGAAGCAAGAAGUCACAGCUCUUGCUCCCGUCAUCACUUGUAUUAUAAAUAAGUUACUUGAGAGUGAUUCCUUCCCAACACAUUUCAAAGGAGCUAUUGUGACACCCCUUCUGAAAAAGGCUUCACUGGACCCUGACAGACCAGAGAACUAUCGGCCAGUGUCUAGCCUUGCAUAUCUAUCCAAGUUGAUUGAGAAGGUUGUAGCAGCACAGAUACAAACCUACCUCAGUGAGAACAAUCUACUGGAGCCAUUCCAAAGUGCUUACCCUCAGGGGCAUAGCACUGAGACGGCACUUCUACGAGUUCACAACGAUGUGGUUCGUGCCAUUGGAGAACAGAAGGCUGUUUUGCUAGUGCAGUUGGACCUAUCGGCUGCCUUUGACAUUGUAGAUCAUUCACGCUUGCUGCAAAUACUCAAGGACCUUGGAAUUAAGGACACUGUGAUCAUGUGGUUCGCAUCCUAUAUUACCAAUCGGACCCAGAUAUUAAAUUGUCAAAGUGAAGGGAGCGAAGUCUGGUGCCACAGAGUUGGGCUGCUGUGUCCUUCAGAGAUUGGUCCUCGGGACCGUUCUGUUCAACAUCUACACAGCAUCCCUGGGGGCCCUUCUCAGAUAGAAUAA